AUGGACGGGUCAGGGCUGAAGCGACCUCAUCCCGAGGAAGAAACCGAUAAUGCACAGAAAAGAUCUCGCUCCAACAAUGGCUCGCCACUACCGGGCCAAGGGGCGCCUGCUACGGGCAAGGUCGACAUUGAGAAAAUGGUAGCCGAAGCGAGAGCAAAGGCAGAAGCCGUCCGCGCUCGACUUCAGGCCGCAAGAGGAGGAUCUUCGACCGCGCCCUCCCCUGCGAGCGCAAGCCCGACCCCUCCAACCGCAGCGAGCCCGGCUAUGUCGAAACUGGAACAGAUGAAGGCGCGAGUGGCAGCGGCCACUGGACGAGCCAACGCCGCAGCCCAGGAACGGCCCCCGGCGCCGGCACCGAUCCCUCAGCCCCCUCCGCCUCCCUUUGGCGAACCUGACGAUGGCCCAUCACGAGCCCGAGGUGGUUUGGAUGUCGGUCUGCAUCCGGCGCUUCUUUCGGAUACGGUCGAGUUUCGAGGUGGCAAGGGACGACACUCGGCACAGUCCAAACGUCGCACCGAGUCUCCUUUUACGGGCGGAAGAUCAGAUCGCGCGGGGCUGGAUCUCUCCGGACCUUCUUUGGAGGAAAUCAAGAACAAUCCGUACUAUGAUCCGAGUCUGGGGCCCAAGGCGACGAUCGCCAGGCCGCGACAAACGCGCCAGUUACUUUUCAACCAAAAGGGCAAAUACAUUCAGCAGGCCGCUGCUCUGCGUCGGCAGGCGCAGCUGGAGGCCAUGAAGAAGCGCAUCGCGCAGAGGGCACGACAAGCAGGUAUUGAUGAAGACUUGGACGUUGAAAAAGCGUUCCUUGUCCCCGCCCCGCCGGCGAUUGAAUGGUGGGACGAAGGUUUGGUGAACGGGGAAGACUACUCGGGUGUUGAUGAUGAGAAGAAUCUCAAGAUUGACACCCCCGACUCUAUAGUGACGGUCUACGUCCAGCACCCCGUUCUUCUCGAUCCUCCUCAGGACAAGCAUCUAUCCGAACAGAAGCCCAUGUAUCUCACGCCCAAAGAGCAGGCAAAGAUUCGUCGACAGCGGCGAAUGGCUGAUCUCAAAGAGCAACAGGCGAAGAUCCGUCUCGGAUUGGAGCCAGCGCCCCCGCCAAAGGUCAAGAAGUCCAACCUUAUGCGGGUUCUGGGCGAACAGGCCGUUAAGGAUCCUACGGCCGUCGAGGCACGCGUGACGCGCGAAAUCGCAGAGCGCCGUGCUAACCACGAAGCUGCCAAUGAGGAACGUAAACUGACCAAGGAGGAGCGUCGGGAAAAACUUGCUCAGCAACAGGAGAAAGAUGCCGACAAGGGUAUCCAUAUGACGGUGUAUAAGAUUGACAGUCUGGCCAACGGGCGCAACCGCUUCAAGAUCAGCAAGAACGCGGAGCAGAACGCUUUGACCGGUGUCUGCGUCAUGCAUCCUCGAUUCAACCUGGUGAUUGUGGAAGGGGGUGCACACUCAAUCAACAACUACAGAAAACUCAUGAUGAACCGCAUUGACUGGACGGAGAAUGCAGGGCCCAACGCUGUGCGUGAGGGCAAUCGCGAAGCUCAAGUGUCUUGGCUGUCCGCCGAGGACGAGAAGACGGGUGAUCUGAAGGAUCUCGGUUCGAACUCCUGCACUCUUCUGUGGGAAGGACAAGCUAAGGCCCGAGCCUUCCGCAAGUGGCUAGGUGCUCGAAUCUGCGAGACCGACUCUCAAGCCAAGGACGUCCUAGCUCGAGCAAAGAUGGAUAAUUUCUGGGCUUUAGCCAAGAGCUCAAAGCAAGCCGAAUCAUGA